AUUAUUAGCUCUCUCACUCUAAAAUAUCAAAAAUACCCCUUCAAUAAAUAAAAAAAUAAAAAAACCAAGAAAAAGAGAAGCCAUUUGUGAAGGAAGAGAGCGUAUAUUAUUUCUCCCUCCAUCGCCAACUUUUCUUCCAUUUCUGCAAAAACCUAAAAUCGCAUCUGCGCAAACGCAGUCAACCAAAUCCAUGGCGCGUCAAGCCACCAGGCUGAUUGCCAGCUUGCAAUCGCGGCUGCUCCGCCCUAAUCAGCUCCACCAGCUCCGCAAUUUCGGAUCGCCGCCGCCGCCGCCCGCCGUCUUCGUCGAUAAGAACACCCGCGUCAUUUGCCAGGGCAUCACCGGGAAGAAUGGCACUUUCCACACCGAGCAGGCCAUUGAAUACGGCACCAAGAUGGUUGGAGGAGUUACCCCUAAAAAAGGUGGAACUGAGCACUUAGGACUCCCUGUCUUUAACAGUGUAGCAGAAGCAAAAGCUGAAACAAAGGCUAAUGCAUCUGUUAUAUAUGUUCCUCCUCCAUUUGCUGCAAAAGCCAUCAUGGAGGCAAUGGAGGCUGAGCUAGAUUUGGUUGUAUGUAUCACAGAGGGAAUACCCCAACAUGACAUGGUUCGUGUGAAAGCUGCUCUUAAUCAGCAGUCACGAACUCGGCUCAUUGGUCCAAAUUGUCCUGGCAUUAUUAAGCCUGGGGAGUGCAAAAUUGGAAUUAUGCCUGGAUACAUCCACAAACCAGGACGCAUUGGAAUUGUCUCUCGAUCUGGCACAUUGACUUAUGAAGCGGUCUUCCAAACAUCUGCAGUUGGUCUUGGGCAGUCAACAUGUGUGGGAAUUGGUGGAGAUCCUUUCAAUGGGACAAAUUUUGUUGAUUGCAUGGAAAAGUUUCUUGUGGAUCCACAGACAGAAGGUAUCGUUCUUAUUGGUGAGAUAGGUGGCACAGCAGAGGAGGAUGCAGCAGCUCUUAUAAAGGCGAGUGGGACUCAGAAGCCAAUUGUUGCUUUUAUUGCCGGCCUCACUGCUCCACCUGGGCGAAGAAUGGGCCACGCAGGAGCUAUCGUAUCAGGCGGGAAGGGUACGGCACAGGACAAAAUUAAGACCCUACGGGAAGCUGGGGUCACUGUGGUCGAGUCGCCUGCAAAGAUAGGCACUGCAAUGCUCGAGGUCUUCAAACAGAGGGGUCUCGUCUGAGAGCCCGAUGAGGAAUUUUUGUCGCGUUUUUUCCUCUUGCUGAGCUCGAGCAUUAGCAUUUUCUUCUGCUGCUUAAGCCUUCGCCAUACCUUGUAAUAACGAACACAUUGGAUUUCUGCAGUGGGAUUGUAAAGACCCAAGCUGCUGAAAAGAGUAUAUGGGCUGACACUGUUCAUACAACUGCUUAUUAUAAAAGGGAGGUUUGAAAUUUUUUCACUGACCUUGAAUCUUGGAAUGAUAAUAGCUUUAAUUUAUUCUGGGUUUUAUCA